UUCGGCGUCGUCACAAUGACGUAUGCGCCUGCGUCAGACGCAGCGUCUAGAUUCAAACUGGUCGGCGGUUAAGAAGAAACCAGGAACAAGUGAGGAGGGCUUGAAGCAGCGUACAGAAAAUAAGCUAAAUCAAAAAUCCAAGAUGUCCAAGACAUUGAAAGGAAUCACUCUGAAGGGGAGCGCGGAACUCGUUGCUGAGUUUUUCUCGUUCGGAAUCAACAGCAUCUUGUACCAGCGAGGAAUCUACCCAGCAGAAACCUUCACCAGAGUUACACAAUAUGACAUGAGCCUUCACCUGACCACAGAUGCAAAGCUGAAGAACUACCUCACCAAUGUCGUCUCACAACUCAAAGAAUGGUUGUUUGAUUGCACAGUUCAGAAGCUGGUGGUUGUCAUCACAUGCCUGGAGACCAAUGAGGUGCUGGAGCGAUGGCAGUUUGAUAUUGAGUGUGACAAGACCGCAAAUGAGAGCAGCGCACCCAGGGAGAAGUCCAUAAAAGCUAUCCAAGAGGAAAUCCGUUCCGUUAUCAGACAGAUCACUGCCACAGUCACCUUCUUGCCGUUAUUAGAAAUUGCUUGUAAGUAA